AUGGUCGUCGGUGCCUUUCCAAUCGCUAAACUGCUCUACUUGGGCGUAAGGCAAAUGAGUAAACCAGUAGCUAACAGAAUAAAAGCAGGGGCACGGAGAAGCGAAUUCUUCAAGAAUUACAUCUGCCUUCCGCCAGCACAGGCAUACCACUGGAUUGAGAUGAAGACAAAGAUGAGGAUCAUGGGUUUCCGUGGCUCCUCCAUUAAGCCCUUAAAUGAGGAGGCAGCGGCAGAACUCGGUGCUGAGUUACUCGGCGAGGCCAUUAUCUUUAUCAUCGGCGGAGGCUGCAUGGUGUUGGAAUAUAGCCGACAGGCAGCCAACUCUCGUCGUAAAGAGGAGGAGCUAAACGAGACUAUCCACAGCCUGCAGACGCAGUUGGGAGAGCUAGCCUUGACCGUAGAAACUCUGGAUACACGACUCCGUGAAGUCAACCGGCUAAUGCUGUCCCUACCAUCUGCCCCCAGUUCCAAAUAAUUCAAUAUGCAAGUCCCUUGCCGAACCGCUCGAUCGGACUACAUGGUGAACAGGUCUGUAUGGAACGGGAGUUCAGCACUGCCAUACGUACACACAGCUCUGCCACACGCACACUCAUAGUUGUCCAGAUUUGCGAGGGUGGACGCGUGAGCAAAAAACGCAAGGUGCUGUGGUUAACUCUGUGAUUAACACCUGUCAAGUCAACUUGACAAAAAGAAAAAAAAUGGAAUUGCUUCUAAUUUGUUUUUGGUGUAUUUGCAGGUGUGUCACAAGUGUUGAUUUAAGGCACUCUGAACAAGUCCAAAUUUUAUCCCCUGUAUUGCACUUGAAAUCUGGACAUAUUUAAACAUAUCAUGUUUCCACAGCAUUUCAGUGAUUAAUAUAAUGAAAGUAAAACUGUUGAAACUGAGAGAACACUUGUUGGGCAAUUCCCUACUAUGGCUGUGUAAUGAUGCCUAACUAAAUUUAGCUCCAUUGCUCAGAGUGAACAGAAGCGUUUAGCUCUAUUUUGUUGGUUAUGGUUUAAAUGGUUGUAAACAUUUUUUUGUUAAUUUGUAAAUAAAGAGCUAUUGGAAUAAAACCCUGUAUAAACAUAAUGACGUGACAGCCCUGGUUAAAAAAAAAAGAAAGAAAGAAAAACAAUCCUCUUUUUG